UACAUCUCCCUCUCUUUUUAUUAAAUAAUCUUUAUCGAAUUUCUUUAGGGUUUUUGAAGUGAGAUGUGCUUUGGAAUUGGAUAAAGAAACAAAAAUCCAAAUAAUCUGACGGAUCAUAUUUGUUUUUUUUUCCCUUGUAAUCAUUUAAUUUUGUUCUUUAAAUUCAACUGUGUUCAUAUUUCAGCGUUUUUCGUUUCGAAGAUGAUAUGUUAGCUUUCUUUAGUAAUGUGAAAAAAAUGAAGCAACACAACUGCUAUGGACAGCUUGUGAAACCUCCAUUUAUGCUCAUUCCUAAAUUUGCAACUCUUUCUUCUUCUUCUUCUUCUUCUGAUAAAACUUUCUUUUCAAUAGGUUUUGAUGACAUGGAUAGCUUGUAUGCCUCACCUGAGGAUUUUAAAAACAUGAAGCAUAGGAAUAGGACCAGGGGACUUCAUCUGCUGGAGUACUUUGUCAAUAGAUGCCAUGAGAUUGGGGUUGCUUGUGAAGCAUGGAUGAAGAAAGGAGAUCCCAAGGAAGUAAUUUGCCAUGAAGUAAAACGAGUCCAGCCAGAUCUCCUGGUUGUUGGAAGUCGCGGUCUUGGCCCUUUUCAGAGGGUUUUUGUGGGAACAGUGAGUGAAUUUUGCCAGAAGCAUGCUGAAUGUCCAGUGAUCUCAAUUAAGCGUAGAGCUGAUGAAACUCCUCAGGAUCCUGUUGAUGACUGAAUUUAUCUCGAUUGUGAAUCGUCUUUUUUUCCCUGUAUUGAAAGAUCAUGAACGCUAUGAACAUGCACAUGUGAAUGUUGUCCUGUUUAGAUAUAUGUCUUGCCGAUGCUGAUGAUAAAUGAAAGUCCAUAUCCUUGGUGAAACUGUCGUACCUUUCGUGGUUUCGUGGUCA